GCUAGGUUAGGGUCAUCGAUGCAUGCUUCGAAAGCCUUAAUCAAAUAACAUUUCUCAGUUCCCAAAACCCUCCACUUUCAUCAUUAAACCUCCGCUUACAACACCUCGAAUUUCGAACAUGUGCUACUUCGAAAUUCUUGUCCUUUGAGUAGGCAGUGUCCCAUUCCGGUGACGCGUAGGUCUCAAACCGCCAAUAUGGCUGGCGGUACCGGCCAGAAGUUCACCACUGCUACGACAGUUAUUGCUGGUGUCUUCUCUUUGGCAGCCACCUUGAUGUCUAUGGUCUCGAUAUGGCUUCAAUUAAAGAAUUACCGGAAGCCUCUCUUGCAGCGAUACGUCGUACGGAUAUUAUUGAUGGUUCCCAUCUAUUCGAUAAGCUCGUGGGUUAGUAUGGUGUCGUUGACCGCGGCAGCGUUUCUAGCUCCUAUAAGGGAUAUAUACGAGGCCUUCACCAUCUACACUUUCUUCCAACUCCUAAUCAACUACCUCGAUGGCGAACGAGCCCUUAUAAUAAUGACCCAUGGCCGCGCUCCUGUGCAUCACCUGUGGCCAUUAAACCACAUCUUCCCGAAAGUCGAUAUUUCCGACCCAUACACAUUCCUUGCUAUAAAGCGAGGAAUUCUCCAAUACGCAUGGCUUAAGCCCAUCCUAGCUCUUGCAACGAUUAUCAUGAAAGCAACAGGUAUAUAUCAGGAGGGGUAUAUUGGGCUUUCUUCAGGCUACUUAUGGAGUGGCAUCAUAUACAACAUCAGUGUUACUGUCAGUCUGUACUCGCUUGGGCUGUUCUGGGUCUGCAUGCACAAUGACCUAGUACCCUUCCGACCUGUGCCCAAGUUUUUAUGCAUCAAGCUCAUCAUCUUCGCUUCCUACUGGCAAGGAUUUUUUCUUUCUAUCCUAGUUUGGCUUGGGGCCAUUCCGGACGAUGUUCAGGGUUAUACUUCGGACAAUCUAGCAGCUGCCAUCCAAGAUGCUUUGAUCUGUUGUGAGAUGCCCGCGUUCGCCGUGGCUCAUUGGUACGCUUUCUCUUGGCAUGAUUACGCCGAUAACACACUCUCGUCGGCCAGAUUACCCGUCAAGUAUGCGGCGAGAGAUGCCUUUGGUAUUCUUGAUCUUAUUGAGGAUUCCAAGCAAACAUUUAGUGGGGACCAAUACAGCUACAGGCUAUUUGAUUCUAGUGGAAAAGUUAUCGCACACGAAGACUCAAGCUCCCGAUUUGCAAGACUGAAAGAUGGGAUGAGAUAUAAGCGGGGAGGCGAGGCGAAGUACUGGAUUCCUAAACCUGGAGAAGUUAGAGGGGAGCUAAGUGCGAAUACGCCGCUCUUAAAUUCCAACGGAGGACCGAGUGGUGCCGGUGAUCCAGCGCCGAAGUAUAACCACGGCUCUACCGACGAAUCUACAUUAGAUCCCGAUGAUGAGAGCCUCUACAGCAGGGCCCGAGAGUUAGAGUUUGGGGAUUGGAAUUAUCCUGUCAUCACCGCAAACGUGCCAACAAGAGAGCGCUGGCUCUCGAGGCAUCCAGAUGUGUAUCAAUCGCGUACUGGAGCUUGGCAUUCAACUCGAUCUCGCUCAUCCGAGAGCCUCAGCAACAGGCCCCCGGCAACAACAGCCUCAAGUACCGAAACUAUAACAAGCAAAAAGAAGAAAGGCAAGCAGAAACGAACUAAGCAUACACCUAAGCCUCCCCCAGAACCAACGGCUACCGCUGCUAAGGAAUCCCAGUCGAAAGGCCCGCUCGGUGCCCCCAUACUAUCAACCUCCGAUCCUCAAAUUUUAGAAGAGGAGGCCGAGGAGGAAGAUCUGACGUUCAAAGUAGGAGAGCCGACACCUGACGAAGUAACCCCUGAAGGGCAGGAAAGCAACCAAUGGGGUAAUGAUGGGGCGGAGCAUGAUGCAACCAGUCCAGUAUUUAGCCCCGGAAACGAGGACGAGUUCCGGAAUGUUUGGGGUAGCGACCGUUUGUGAUUUGUAUAGUACUUUUUUGCGCCGUUAUUAGAUACCCUGGAGUUCAUACUACGCGGCUGUUUUUAUAUCGGUAGGUAUAUAGAGGGCAUAUUACACC